GGACAAGUGCUGCCAACUGUAAAAGUGAUCUGAUAAACACCUGGCUAAGACAUGCAUCUCAAGCUUGUCCUCUCCACUAUCCUAUUGGUAAACGUGGUGAAUGGGCAGAGCAUUGGGCGGCCUAUGUUCUUGACCUCGGAACAGACAGAAAAAUGUGCAUUGACUGGUUUGAUAGCGGAUGAUGCAAGCGACUGCUGUCAUUUUAUUCGUUGCAACUUGAACGUGGGUUGGCGGAUGUCUUGUAGGGACGGGACUGUGUUCCAUCCGUUCUGGUGUAUAUGUGUUCACCCACGUGAUUACCAGGACUGUGAUUUGGAAUCCUGCAGUGGGUUGACUGCCCAGCGAGAGGCAGAAGCGUGUCCACCACAGCUUGAUUACUCAAGACAAUGCUGUCUGGAAGGAGAUGGCGAGGCAAAGAUAUAUGACCUAGUUAACAGGACUGCCUAUAGGUUCAAUGGAGAAAGAGAUAUCCAAGUCUGUCCACCGGGACAGGAGUUCCUCUUAGGGAGUUGUUGUUGUGAAGGCGAUAUUCCAGAGGAUCAAACAGACUGUAGUAGAUGGACUUUCAACAGGGACGACUUCUUAGAUGAUGAACGCGGCGUUUUUGCUAAAGCGUUUGGUGUUGUCAAGCAAGAUGGAGGAGUAUUUGACGGUCCGGGGAACGACGACAGAGGCGGUUUAUGGACGGGCGCAGAUGCAAAUUUCCUCGUUCCAAGAUUCGCUGGGAUGGACUUCCGUAAAACGAUGACCCUGUCAUUUUGGGUAAAAAUUGACUCAAGUGAAAUAAAUCAGACACUUAUACAUAACGGUGGACUUGGUGGCUCGGACGCCAGUAUUAGUAUUGAGGUUUUCACAGUUACAGAGGCAAACACCCCAAAAAUGUAUAUAACUGGUGGAGUGAGGGUGUGUGAUAGAGCGGAAGAUAUAAUGAUUCCAAUAACUGACCCAGAUCUAUUCAAAACGUGGACGUUUAUUGCCCUGACCGCAUGCGUGUCGCAGGCUGAAGGUAGAGACGAAAUCCCCGUAGUUACUCUUUAUGUGGACGAUGACGAAGAUUCUGCCAAUGAAGAAGAACGUCUAAAUGAUGCUGAAACAAAACGUUUAUUCCGUGCUGCAAAUGACGCGGCGAGUGUGUAUGCUGCUUGCGAUUGGGAAUAUGACAACAAAAUCAUUACAAACUCUGAGAAAAACACAUUCCUUGAACAUAUAGAAAACGUAACAUUUGCUCUGGGGAAUUCCUCGGAAUACAUUAACAGAUUUCUGAUAAAUAGUUAUCUGAGGAAUGUAAACGUCUUCAGAAAUCGUUAUCUUGAGUUCCGAGACAAACCAAAUACACGUACCCUGGCAAGGAAAAAUUCUGCCAACCAGGCUAUCCGAACAUUGAGAGCACAACUCAGAAAUUUUAGGAAUAUCGUGGAAAAGCUUUCCGAAGUGUUACAAGUGACAAAAGAUUACAUCUACGACGAAGACUUCGCUGAUUCACUGAAAGCUGACUCGAGAAAAUGUUUCGAACAACUUUUUGUCAAACUGACCAAAUUGAAGUCACGUUUUGAAGAUGAGGACCCGAAGCAGGAUGACCCAGAUAGAGAAGGAGAGUAUAGGUAUAGUGUACUAGACAGAAGGUUAGACGAAGCUGAAGAGCUAUUGAAAAAUACCCGAUUUAAGAGAGAUGUGUUCAGGGAGAACGGAGAUCCUGAACCAACAAUUCGACUCAGCAAAAGUCCAAUGAAUAUUGGUGAAGGCCUGGACGGGAACAUCGACGAGAUUGUCGUAUGUGAUCUUUGUGCAGACAAAGAACAAAUUGAUGCCCUCAGGCUUAAUGGAGAGAUUCCAAGAAGAUUUGCAAAAGCUGAUAUAUAGAACAAUGCUAUAUUAAGCAUUUGAACUCGAUUCCAAAUGAAAAUAAAAUACAUAAAAAUGGGAUUAUUAUAUGGACCUCAGUCGGGCUAAUAUUAUCUUUGUACAUGAUUAAAUGAAUAAAUUAAGAGUUGAUGGUAUGCUUUCUUGAAAA